AUGGGGUUCAACGUAGUUCCUGUCUCAAUCGCGAGCAUCGCCGUCUGGCUGCUCUACCAGUUCAUCCUCUAUCCUCUCUUCCUUUCCCCGUUGUCCAAGCUCGCCGCUCCGCAUUGGUCGUGUCACAUCUCACCUCUAUGGAUCCUCUACACUAGGAAGACGAACUGCCAGAAUGGGACCCUUCAUCAAGCACACCUCCGACUGGGCCCGGUCGUGAGAAUCGCCCCCAACGAGCUAAGCGUUGACGGCUACGAUGCCCUCAAGACGGUGUAUCAAGGCGGGUUCGAAAAGGAUGAGUGGUACUCCAUCUUUGACAACUAUGGGUGA